UUCCAUAUCCAUACAAGUCAAAUUGUACGCAGAAAGCACUCCCUGGAAUACCACGUUACGAUAGAAACGGCUGCUUUACGCAGUGUCAAGCAAACAAAACCCUAGAGCUAUGUGGGUGUAGAAUGACCGGAGUACCUUUGCCAUCUAACUUACCUGUAUGUACAUUUCAACACGAAUUCUGUAAGGAACAGAGUGAAGCAUGGCAGAACCCUUUUGAAUGUUCUUGCGGAAUUCCUUGCGAAGAGAUCGAGUACAUCGCUCAGGUGUCUUACUCUGAAUUUCCGGAUGACGGCGCAGCCAAGAUCUUAAAACACAACCAUGCUUAUAACAAAAGUAUGGAAUACCAAAGGGGUAGCUUGGUAUUCCUUCAAGUUGGCUUUCAUCAUUACGGAUACACUUUUGUGAAAGAAACACCAAGUUAUAGAAUUGGGAGCUUGUUAGGUGAUAUUGGCGGGAAUAUGGGUCUUUUCUUGGGCUGCAGUCUGUUGACAUUGUUCGAGUUCGUGGAUUUACUUUGGAACGUCUUAGACUCCCGAACAAACAGAUCUAAAAGUAUCCCAGAUGAUCAGACGGACAAUGGAUCAGCAUAAGACAACAAACAUGCAAAAAAAGUAUCAACAGCCCUUGGAAUUUGUGGAAGAUCAACAUCCAAAAAAAUCUCAUUAUCAUCUAAAUUCC